UAAACCUCUCCACAAACUUUCCCCAUAACUGUGGUGGAUUAUGCAAUUCUGCCUUCUAUAAAGCUGUAUGAAGAGAGUUAUCUAUUUACAGUAAAGUUUGUGGAUUAAAGAGAACAGAAGAGAACAUUCCUUUCAGUUAUCUCACCAAUUUAAGAUAGAAGUGUGUGAGUUAGUAUCAGUGCAACUUUCAAGGUGCAUCUUCAGAAAAGCCUCUAUCCUGACCUCCAGCUAUGGGACGAAAAGUGGCCAUUAUUGGGGCAGGAGUGAGCGGGCUGGCCUCUAUCAAGUGCUGCCUAGAGGAAGGACUGGAACCUACCUGCUUUGAAAAAAAUGAAGCCAUUGGAGGACUUUGGCAAUUCACAGACAUUCCUGAAAAGGGAAGGACCAAUGUUUACAGAUCUGUGGUGAGCAACACGUCCAAGGAAAUGACCUGCUUCAGUGACUUCCCAUUUCCAGAAAGCUAUCCUAACUAUCUACAUCACUCCUUAGUCCUGGAGUACCUCAAGGAUUAUGCUAAACAUUUUCACCUACUGGACUGCAUACAAUUUAAGACUAAGGUAUACAGCAUCAGAAAACAUCCAGAUUUCACAACUACUGGACAAUGGGUGGUCUACACAGAGGCUAACGGAAAACAGGCAUCAACUGUCUUUGAUGCAGUUAUGAUUUGCAGUGGCCAUUAUGCAGAAGUUAAUCUACCCUUAGCUUCUUUUCCUGGAUUGGAAAACUUUAAAGGUCAUUACAUGCAUAGCUGGGAAUACAGAGAUGCAAAAGGGUUGGAGGGUAAAAAAGUUCUGAUACUUGGUGCUGGGAAUACCGGAGGAGAUGUUGCUGUGGAAAUGAGCCGCACAGCUGCCAAGGUCUUUCUCAGCACCAGAAAUGGAGCCUGGGUAAUAAGUCGCAUGUCAAAAGCUGGCUGGCCUUAUGAUAUGGGCUUCCAAACUCGAUUUCUAUACUACAUUCAAAGACUUCUUCCUAUCAGCAUUAGGGACAAGUUAUUGGCAAAUAAAUUCAAUCAAUGGUUUAACCAUAAGAAUUAUGGAUUAAUCCCUAUUAAAAGGUAA